AUGGUCCCUGUAGCGCGAAAUAUGUAUCGUCUGUUUCGUUUCAACUUUUCAGAAAGCGUUUUUUUUUCUUUUGCAGGAAAUCUUCGUUAGAUUGUGGAACGGUAGGUCCACAACUCGCUUCCACCGUGAAGAUGUGGCGAUCGAAGGCGCAAGGGGUAGGUAUUCACUUCAUUGAAGGUUUUUUCUUAGUGUUGUAUUUGGAUAUUGAAAGCUUAUCUUUCUGAAAUGAAGCCACUUUUGUUUUACUCUUCACAUUUACUAGUUUACUCGCAGUGAAGGGGUGAGAAAUCCCUCGUGUGUGUGUGUUUUUUUUUUCAAGAAACUGCGACAGACAAUUGCUUUUCCCAUUCUCUUCCUGUUUGAUUGUAGCAGAGUUUAUGCAUUAUUUCUUUUGCUCUUGUGCACUUGCUGCGCUUUGAAAUGUUUUAAUCAGGCUUCCCUCCAGAUUCAGAUGAUAAGAUCUAAAUUUUAGGCUAAAGUAUUGGAAAUGAGUUAAGCUCGUAUUUUAUCGACGUGAAACUUCGAUCUCGAUGACUGCCUUCUUUAAAUCUUCUAUUUUUCAAUGGGUUUUUCUCAGCAAAUUUGAUUUUACGAUGUUCCUCGUUCUAUAAGAAAAACUCUAUCGAAGAAAAAGUUGAGGAUCUCUGAAAAAGUAUUUUUUCAAAACACAAAUACGAGAAGAAGAGAUCAAAACAUUUUUUUGAAAUUACUUCUAUUAAAUUAGUAAUAGUUCGAGAAAAACUCGAUGGAAGAAUAUGAUUUGAUUGGUUUUUAUUGCAAUGAGACGCUCUCGAAUUUGAGAGAGGUUUGAGUGCGUUUUUUGGAGCUCUCGCGAGUUGGUUUACGUGUCCUCGUUUUGAAUACCUGCGCAUAUAUCCGAGCCGAUGUCGUCGACCAAACUCCAACCCUUCGCAGGCAAUCCAUAGCCAGGCUCCCACUGACUUGAAUCUCAAAUUAAGUGCAUCCACGAUUCGCCGAGAGAAACUCGAAAAUUUAUUAAAUGCAAUUCGCUAUUCUUGGGUUUUCAAGACAAAACGUUUUUAGAUAAUAAUUCACUCAUUAAAUGACUUUAAUUAUCGAAGUUCAACUUUUCCUGGAGUUCUAAACUCGCGCGGUGGAUGACUCUUCCAAGAUUGAAAGUUUUUACUUCAUCCGGGUCUUGUUUUUCGGCCAACUAAAGCCCGAGCAGGCAACAAUAACUUUUCCUCUGCGCUAAUCCGACUUUUGUCGACCGAUUUUCUCAUAAGGAAUUUUUUUUCAGAAUUCUCCCAGCUUCAUCCUUUUUUUUUGAGUCGUUUUUUCCCUGCCUUGAGUUUUUUAAAGGCUCCUUUACCACCAUUUAUGCCUUUCCACGCAUUUUUCUUUUCGGCUUUUUCAGUCAUUUUAUGUAUAGCUGCUUUUGAAUAAGAUUGUUCACUUGCGUUUCUCUCACUCUCUAUCACGAAAACCUCUUUUUAGAGCUUGAAUCUCAUUAACAUCAGCUUCUAAAGUUUUGCGUAAGUUCGAAUCCGCUGUGCACUGAAAAUUGUGAGUAAUAAGCAAAAAUGUAUUGAAACAUUGGAAAGUUCUAAAAAAUGUACCUCUUUUUGUAAAAUCCAUUCAAACUAACUUUUAAAUUUUCAUUAUAAACUUUUUUCAACCCUAUUUGACUUACAGUUUCUCAAAUAAGAAAUGCGGUGCUUUAUAAUGGAAUCACCUGGGAAUGAGCUUCAUAUUUGAAAAUUUUGUUUUGAUUUGAAAAAAAAAAUUGUAGGCUUUCGACGACGGUAAUUAAAGCAUAAGUACAUUACAGACUUAUUAUGUCGGGCAUCACUCCAUUUUCGCAUUCAAUUUCCUUCGUUCUUCUGUUAUCUUGCUAAAGUGAUGCUGCAGUAUGCUGGCCGAUCAUCUUUUGACGCGGAUCGGCAGUCUCCGAAGUCUCUCGCCGGUUCGCCUCAGGAGCUCGACGUCCUCAACCUCUUCUCCAGCUCCACUUUCCGCCAAAAUUCCCGCCUUCCAGGUUGAGCUUCUUCAGAUGUUGUCUCGAUAAUUCUUUCUCCUUCUCCUAUUUCUAACCGCAGCGUUUGACGCUUCGGAGCAAUGUUUUGUUUGACAAUAAGUCAUCCUAUAGGGAAUAUUAUUUUUCUUCCUUCUUUUUGGGUGCCACGAAGCAACAUAGAUAUAAAUAUAUUUUUUUCGAAAUAUCUCGAAAAAUUUCGAACGAGAGGUAGAAACAGUUAAGAAGGAAUUUUCGCAAAAACCCUAAUAUUUCCCUAAGAUUUUUCUCUGAGGUGUGCAUUUUUACAUUAGGCCGUGAAAAAAUUCUUGAAAACGCGCGUAAAACAGAAAAAUUUCUGAUGAAGCCAAUAUUGCGCCACAUCUUCGUCAGUCUAUUUCUAGCACACUGUUUUCUCAGGAUAUGUGAGUAUAAAAUUUUUUGUUAUUUUCCGUGUGUCAGCCGUGGAGGGUAAAGAGAGAGAGAGAGAGAUUAGAGAGAUUAAUUUUUUUUUUUUUCGCAAUAUCUACUCUUCACAUAGUCUUCCGCCACCUCUAGAGCCAAAUAAUUUGGGUUGACUUAAUGUUCAUGAUAGAUUCACGAAUAUAUUCAGUUCGAACCCAUCAAAGCUUCCGAUAUAAAAAUUAAAAACAUGAAAUGAUUAAUAACUUGAUCUUUUAAGCUUUAAAGAAAUAAUAAAAAUGAAUAACUGCGAAAAAGGUGUUUGAAGUGCAAAUGACCUUCAAGAGAAGCUAAAGACCAAAAAAUGAUGAGAAAAUGGGAAGUUUCUUAAUUUAAGCCUCUGCGUAGAUUUGAAUUUUUCGAAAACUCUUUUAUUGCUUUGUUUUUUCAUUCGAAGUUGCAUUUCAUAUUAAUUGUAUUGUUCAGAGUGCAAGGGAAAAAGAGUAAUGUGAUUCUAUCUAUUUACACACCAUGAGUUCCAGUUCUCACAUUGAUUUUGAGAGAGAGAGAGCGAGGGAGACGAGAGAAAUGAAUGUAACCACUUUGUGGGUUUUUGUCAUUUUUUUGACCAAUGUUUUAACAUAUUCUUCUUUUUUGAAAACUCAAGGAAAAGCGAUAAUUCGAAAGAUUUAUUUUUAUUUUUAUUUUCAAAACAGGCAUAAUAAAUAAAUAUUGGCCUCGUUGUGUGUAUCAAUUUUUGACUCGGAAGCUUAUUUGCCACGCAGAGAACAGAUGAUUUUCGUGGCAAAACAGUGGCUUUCAUGGUUAUUGGAGCGGCGCUCCAAGGAAAAAGUAAACAUUGGAAGUUGGGGCCGCCUUUUGCGGGAUUCAGUUGUGUACAUGCGUGUGGCCACUCCUUCCAAUCAAUUAGCCGCCGGCUAUUCUUCUUUUCAUUCUUCAUUUUUUUUUUCGUUUUUUGUUUCUGAGAGCAGCUGAGAUCAUCACUGCUUCAUAUCUAACCUCAUACCUCUUGAUCACAUGAGCGUGUUUUUUUGCACUUCAGAAUUUGAAGUACUUGAAAAAAAGAAGAUGAAUAUUUUUAUAACUAUCUUUCGUUCACUUUUUUUGAAAUUUUCAUCUGAUGUUUAUAAAACAUAUAAACUUAUAAAAAGGAGGGACGCCACUAGUUCACAUGAAUAGCGCAAAUGGAAAUCGGGGAGACUCUCGUCAAAAAAAGAUCUUUUUUUAAAUUUCUUUUUGCAGCUUUUUGAUUUUUCAUUUUUCAACUUCAGUUUUUUUGAAAAGUUAUCCUUUUUUUAUCAGGUUUAUGACUCAACUUUUGAAAUCAUUUGUAACAUUUUUUCAAGUUAGCAUCUCCAGCAUUCAUUUCUUCCCCAAUUAUGGGGAAACAAUGCAUUUUCGAAGAGAGAAGCGUCCUUUGUAAAUCCAGCACGUGUCGAGUCAAGAUCUUCAGCAAACACGCUAUCAUAUGGAUUCUUGAGACUCCUUUAUUGCAGUUCCGCGUCUCGUGCCAAAUUCCACAAACUGCAAGAGUUUUUUUGUUGGUUCGAUGUACUGGGACUUUCGGUUCAUUUACAGACAAAACGCAUGUUUUUGCUGUGAACCAACUUCUUCUUCUUCUUCUUGUGUGUGGUGCAUUGCAUGAUUGAAUUUGUUGCGUUUUUCUCCAUCGUCUUCCUUUUGGCUCAAAAGAUGUCUCUGCACGUUUUCACUCUCUAAUACGUAUUCUGCGUUUUGUGUGACCAAGUGGUUGGUUUCAACGCAGAAAACCUCUCAUUUCCGUUCGGCUCGUGUUCGUUUUCUUGGCCCAAUUCUCAAUUUGUUCAACUCUUUCUUGUUCACUUCGCGAGCAGCUUCAAGCAAGUUUGUUGGCUAUUCUCAGUGGCAAUCCGUCGUUAUGGCACGGAUGAGUAUUCAUUAUCAACUUGGUUUUUGGUCUUUCCGAUGGCUCUAUCGACGGAGGUUGCUAUAGGUGCCGAGAUUGUCCAGAAGCUUUCUUCUUUGCAAAAUAAAAUUUUACGAACUUGUUUUUUGCUAGCUUCUACAUUGAUUCAGAGAAACGAUCGAUAUGAUAUCGAAAAAAAGGAGUCUUCAAAAGCCGCAAAUUUCGAGACGUGCGAAUAAUUUGGGACAAAACACUUUUCCGAUGUUAUCAUGGUGUUCUGUUGUGAAUUUUGCGCGGCUUCCAGUUCACUUCUAUUGAUUACCUUUUACGUUCUUUCGGGACGAAAACAAUCGUCUUUGUAGUUUUGUUCACAUUCAAUCGUGUACUGAGAUUCAGAAAUUGCGAGUCUUUUUUCGACCUUACGAGAUCGCCUACGUUUUAAAGGAUCGAUUUAAUUGCGCCGUUAUCCAUUAGAACAGGAAAAUUGGCUUAAUAAUUCAUUAAAAAAUUUUUCUAGGUUUUUUCGAGCGUUCAGUACACAUAAAACAUGGUCUCUCCAGAAUCUCUUGCAGCGGUGUUCGAAAGCGCAUAAGAUUCAAACGUCGUAAAUAAAACUAGAUGUAUAUUUUUAGGGAAUGAAAAAAGAACACAGAAUGGCAGUUCAUUUAUUUACCAAACCAAAUCCUAACUGGAAAAUGUUUUUGCCUCGAGAUCUUUAUAAAUUUUGUCUAUUUUCCUUCAAAACAUCAGCGAGGAUUUUCCUGCAGAUAACCAUGUUCAAUCCCAAAAAUGUUUAACACGGACUGGAUUUAAUCAAUCUGUUGAACAAUUAUCUUCUCGUAGAAUGCGAAAAGAAAAUUGAAAACGAAGCUUCAUGAUUCUGCUUUUAUUUCAAACUGAAAUAUAUUGUCAGAAUUUGAUAAAGCUAUUAAAAAUAGCGUUAAGAAUUCGUUUGGAAAUAUAUUUGCGUUGAUAAGCGCGCCUCCUUGGAAGUUGCGUAGAGCCGGAAAGAGUUCUGAGGCCGCCUCCAUGUGCGUGCACUGCUUGUUUCAGAACAAAAACCCAUUCAGCGCCUCUCCACAUCUUCCUCCUCUUCUUUCAUUUUCUUUCUUUUUUUGCGCCAAGUAAUGAGUGCGCAGAAGACUGACUGAUUAUCUAUAUUUUUCAUAGCUUUUGAAACUUCUACGAAAAUUAAUGAAUUAGUCUAUGCAAAAUUUGCGUAAAAAAUAAUUCCAAAGUUAUUUUCUGUGUUUUUGUGAAAAGCUAGCAGUGAGUGAAUUAUAAUGACGCGUCGAAUGUUAUUUCCCGAUGCGUUUCUUUUGGAAAGAAUUGAUACAAGAAGUCACAGACAUUGGGGAAAAGAUAAAAAGAUUGAAGGGAUUUUUUUUCAUUGUAGAGAGGGGGAAUUCCUUCUACUCUAACUUCACUCAAGAGAUAGAAAAUCAAAGAAGAAUAUCUCAUUAGGUUUUUUUUGGUUUAAAAACGCACUUCAAAUAACUCCUCCAUCAUGAUAUUUCGGCAGUUCACGCUUUUUUCAAUCAACUUUUUUUUUCCGUUUCCCACUUCUAUGAAUUCUGUUUGAACCCUCAGCAAGACAUUGGUUCUAUAACUGCGCAACAAGAUCACUCAAAAUUUUUUAUUUCUAAAAAAAAAUGCUUUCAUUGCGUAAAAUUUCGAAUUUCGUCUAUUAUAUGAGCAAAAGCAAAGAUUUCAGAUGGAGUACACAGUCGGCGGCGCCGAUUCUUUGGAAAGAAUAGCUGCCGCCCAUGACUGCACCGUCGGCGAACUCAUGAAGCUCAACAAAAUGGGUUCCCGCAUGGUGGGCCAUUCAUUUCUCCUUCCUUUUUUGUCUUUGUUGCUUUCUCUUUCCUGUUCACGUGCCUUUUCCUUCUUUUUCUUCGAAACAAUGUUUUUUCUUCUCUUUUCUCUGAUAUAAUCAAUAGUUCAAUCAGUAGAAGUGACAUGAAACUGGGAAAUGAGUUUUUUCCAUGCGAAUGAAUUUGUUGUUUCAGGUGUUUCCGGGUCAGAAAAUCCUGGUUCCUCUGCCGAAUUCAGACGACGUCUUCCAUCCGCCACCAGCAGCCGAAAACUCCACAAAAGGCAGUGGCAAGCUGAUUUCCGGCAGUGAAAAUGCUGGUUUGCUUCUCAUUCUCUGUUUUUUUUUUCUAAAAUCGGAGAAGUAGCUAUCUUCCAACAGUCGGAGAAGGUUCGCAGCUAUUUCUUUUCGAGUUUUCGGGUUUUAGCUCCAGAAGUCAUUUUGUCUUUUUUAAAUCUGCAUAAAACGUGAAAAUUUCUGAUUUCUUUGCAGUAAAUUUCAAAAUUUCUCAAUUUUUUGAUGUUCGGUAUGUUUUUUACUGAAAAAAAGCUUCUCAUCACCUGAAAGAAGCUAUCAAAUAAAAAAAGAAUUUUCUCGGUGUCAAUUUCAGUAUUUAUUCGAGUCACCAAUGUCUCCCUUAUUUUCCACGACAGUUGCUUGACGGGAAGAAGAUUGUUUGAAAAUCAUUGGAUUGAUUUUCUAGAACAACUAAGUUUUUGAGAGGAUGUUCUUUGCAGCGGACGGGAUUCGGAAAGGACCCGGCGGGGCGGUUCCGGCCGGGGCCAGAGGCAACUCUCUGACUAAGACGCACAGCGCUCCGGUCUCCGGCAGAAGUCGGGCAGCUUCUGACGACGUCGACACGGACUGUCUCCAAAGAUUCUUGAAGAUCAAAGUGAGCCGUUUUCCAUGGUGGAGGGACUCAGUUGCUUUUCUCAAGGGUUUCUGUUUAGAGAUCCAAUUUUUUCGUGAAAUACCUUAAUGGAUUAUGUGGAGAAAAAAAGCCCAUAAAAAUACUUUCUCGGCAGUUUCAAGGGUUGAAAUGAACAUUGUUCUAUACGAAAAAGUUGAAAUAAAGGAAGAGCAGACUUUGGCCAACUCUGAGAAACCUUUUAAUUUUUUUUUUCAUUUUAUGCUUCAACAUGAUUAAUUUUGCAGUUGUGCAAAUGAAAUAUGAACGUUUUCACCUCGAAAAUCAUAAGUGAUAAUCUAAAGAGAUUCAAAUAAAUCUAUGGAAAAUUCUCAUCACUAACCAAAGUUUGCUUCUUCCAAUUUUUACCCUUUGGAAAAAAAGUUUAAUUUGCUCCAAAUUUUUAUGCUUUUUACAAAUUUUCAUCAAACUGGAAAACUAGUUUCACGAAAAACCUUUCAUUUUUUGAUUUCUUUGUUCAACAGAUUAAAUAACUUGUAACAUUCAAAAGUUCUCUCAAGUUCACGCGCAAAUAUUAUAUUAUUUUUUUCUGGUUUUUCAAUGUUCACCAUGAUUGAGAAAUAAUCAGGCAACAAAAAAGAAACAACUUGACACAAACGAUACAUUUUCAAUGUUUUCCAUAUUCCAUAUGCGGUUGAAGGAAUACAAUUUUUGGUUAAGGUUCAUUAUUCUUGUUUUCUAAAACGUCGUCAUAGAAGAAGCAUGAAAAAAAAAAAGAAAUCAAAAAAGUGAUGAUCAGGGAAAAUUUGGGAUUUUCAUGCUAAAAGUCUUUUGCGCAAAGAGCCGACGUUCGCAAUGGAUAUGAAAAGUUAAAGCGUAUUUUCCACGAAAAUAGGAUUAAUAAGUUACCAGGUGAAACAAGUGACGGAGUCGGAUGGAACGGUCUCCGGGACGUUGUUGGUCACUCCGAACUGCUUGAUGUUCGACCCCGACGUUUCGCAUCCGCUGGUCAAGGAGAACGGUCCGGACCUCUACGGCAUGGUCGCCAAGUGAGAUUCUGCUCGCUGACGUCUUCUUCAGCUACAUUUCCAGCAUGGACGAGAUCGUGGCUGUCUCGGUCUACAAAGAGAUUGGAGGAUUGACAGGCGACACCAACGAGAAGAAACGCGACAUCUUCGACCCCGACCACGUCAGAACUCCGUCGGACAGUCCUCAGGUGGAUUUUUGCCCGUUAGAAUGCUUGGAAGUCGGAUUUGGGAAGUUUUUAUCCAUUUAGGUGAGGUUGCCAAAAAAUACUUAAUCAAAGGAGGAACUUGGAAGUUUUUUCUUGAAGCCUUCAAAAAAUUUAGAUUAUUUUUUUAUUUCAUAUCGAUCUGAGUAGUAUAAAAAGCUUCAAUUCAGCCACUUUCCAAUUUAAUCCUAUACACACCUAAUUUAAUAUUUUUCAAUACUGGAAAAGUAGUCAAACUUUCUGAGUAUGGUUUGACAUCUUCGUUAUUUUAACAUGAAUAAAACUUUUCAGCGUGAAGGUGGCGAGGAACCCGCAACGGAGCGUUCUGGUGAGCCUUUUCCAACUUUUGCAUCUUCAAAAAGAAUUGGUUUUUCAGCUGAAAGCCUUUUCGCUAAUAAAAAAGUUACAUUUGGAUAAGCUGUAUUGUUUCGCUGUCUCAAUUAUAUUUGAAAACGCCUAAAUGCGUUUCAACCGAUAAUAAUGAUACUGAAGCAAUAAUGAUGACGGAAAAUUGAAGAUUCCGUGCAGUUCUACACUCAGAACGACUCGGAUGCAGGAGGCGACAGCGGCGUCGAUGAACAGGUUCCUGCAUCGCAUUUCUCAGAAAUACAAAAUACUACUCUCUUGAAAUCGCUUCUUGCAUAGUACAUUCGCUGUAAAAUCUUCUAACUUGUCAAGAUACUGUCAGUACAAAGUUCAUGCUUCAUCCCCUACCAUAAUCCACAAAUCCGAAUCUUAUAUUCAUAUUUUCUUAGUUUGAACAAGUUACUUUUUUUUAACACAAUAUAUUUUUUUCGAAAAAAAAAAUGGUUUAUUCUCUUGUGGCCAUCGUCUGAUAAACUAGAGGAUGUCCUGGCUGAUUUCCAUAAAGUUUCCGGUAACAUUUAAAAACAAAAGUAAUGAUUUUCGGCGAAUUUAUAGAAAAGUCUUCACUUUUUUGUGUCAUAAGUUUUUGAAUUUCAGGCGGAAUACUCCUCAAAACCUGCGAGCGAAACGUUCUUGCCGGCAAUAACGGAAGAGUCGAACAAGCACGACUCUCCAGUCGAAGAGAAGGCGCGAGGAGAAGACGGAAGGAGAAAGAGAUCGGUAACAGUCGGAGAAGGUUCGCAGCUUCCCGCAGAAGAAGCAAAACAGAGAUUCGCAGCGACAGAAAACGCGAGCCGACGACGACGGUCGCCGCAGCCUUCGUGUUCGCAGGAAGAGCGGCCGCGGAGCUUCUCGGAACUCGACGCGCCGACCGACGCCCGCGGCAUCGGUCGCUUUUCCCCGAACGCCGCUCGUCGCUCUUUCGGCAAACUCGGCAGAACUCUCAGGUUCAUUCACGCCCCCCGAGACGGGCGGUGGAAACAAAAAGUAGAAGAUUUUGGCGUUAUUCACAGGAUUCCAUAAAAAGUAAAAAUAAAAAAAUUUCGGGCAUGCUGGAAAAGUCGGUUCGGUCAUUUUUUUUUUUUCGAAUGGCCUUUUUUGGAAAAUUUUGAAGUAUUUUUGUUCUAAAUUGAAAAUUACUUUGAAAACGGCAUUAAAACCUCAAUAAAGCCCAAAAAACGUUUCAAAGCUUGAAAACUUGAAAAAAUAGGCAUCAUAAAUUAGCGACCGAACCGACCGACUUUUCCAGCCAAAAUCUCGUUGUUCAGAAUUAAAAGGUUUUGCUUGAUAUGCCCUAUUUUUUUGAAAACUGUAAAUCUACGAUAAAAAAAGAUAAUAGCUAAAAAAAUAAUUGGGGAAAAAAAUUCGUCUAAGGGAUGGAUGAAGUUGUCUAAUCAUUUUUUUAAGUAAAAAGUCCGGAUAGCGCGGAUAUCAGUAAGGACUUCGGAAAUUCCCUGCAGCUUUUAUAGAAAUUGUUAAAAAGGUAAAAAAACAAUGAAGUUUUUUUGAAUAACUAUAAAUUUCGCGAUGAAUUUUUCUAUUUUUUUCAAUAUGUUUUUUAAAGAAACCCUGAAAGCUGAAAAAAACCUUAUUAAGUUUCAUAUCAUGAAUGAAUAUACACUCUUGAAAAAUUUUUCCUCUCAUCUGAAUUCAAAAUUGUUGUAGGUUCCAAGAACAAAAGCAGAUAUAUUAUCAGAGAAAUUUUGAAGAAAUGAAACAACCUAGAAAAAUUGACUAGAACUGAAGGAAUCACAGGAAAGCUCACAUCCGUCAACGAUCGGAAUGAUUCAUAAUUUUUUCUAAUUCGAUCAGGCUACGUAGAUUAUCUAGUUUUUCUAAAAAGUUAUCCUAACAAAAGAAAAAAAUUUCCGAUGAAAAAGAUGUAUCCAAAAAAGAGAAAGAAAAGAAGAUUGCUUUGAGCGCUGAAAGAAGGUUUUUAAACUUAUCGAGCUAGGAUUCCACAUCGAAUAAAAUUCUAUUUUUUUCAGCGCUCGAGCGAAAUCCAUACAAGGCACAGUGGCUCAGGGAGCGGAAAAGGUUGACUGGAUCCUCAGUUUUUCUUCCAAUUGCUCGGAAUUUCCAGAUGGCCGCCACGGCUGUCCAGGGCACCAAAACCGUCGCCCAUGGAGUCGUGACUCACACGAAAAGCGCAGCCGGUAUGACUUUGCCUCGAAAUUGAGUGGAAGCUGAGUUUUUUUUCAGACACUCUUCAUUGUGGAAUCGAAAAUGGCGUCAAGGUUGUCGGUGAACAGGCGAAGGUACAGUAGGAUCAGCUUCUUUAUUCCAACUUUUCGCCGAGAAGAUUUUUAGCCUAUUCUUUUGGUCUAGACCAUAUUCAAUUUCUUCUUUCGUUUUUUACAAGAAAUAACGUAAAAGAAGUCUUAAAUCCAUUCAAAAAUGAAAAUACCGAGCUCUAGCUUUUCAGAAUUCUCUUUGGUAGUAAAGUCAAAAUUUUGUCAAUGAAAGCCUCAGUUUUCUUUUUUUUCAAUCUUAUAUUCAGGUCGAGCAAUUUUUUUGAAAUUCUAGAGUUUUAAAAUUUUUUAAAAAGCUUUCUGUGUUUUUUUGUUCAUACUAAACAGUGAAAAAGAACGUUAAACUAAAAAAAAAACUUGAGUGACGGUAUUUUAUUUGAAAAAAAGAGAGUUGAAAUAAUUUAAUGUUAGAUAGCUAGGCACGUUAAGAACCAAAACGAGAACGUUUGAUUUUUAUAAUCUCUGCGAGCGUUUAGGCGGCUGCGGACGUGGCGGGCAGAGUCGUGGAUCGAGGACAAUCCUUGGUGAACGACGGUCUCAACGGCGUCACCGACCUGUUCAGCGUCGACGUCGAGGAGGUCGAUCUCUUUUGACAAAAACUACCUUCGACUUAGACUUAGCUAAAAAGGAGCAAAUGCCCGAGAUAAGAGAUUUCGAACCCUGUGAACAGUGCAAUAAGCCACCAUUUAUACUUUGAAUGCAAAAAUCGGAAACUCCUUCGAAAUAACUGCAUUUUCAACAUUGGGGCUGAAAAAUAAGCUCUUCCUCAAAUUUCAAAUUGAUUCUAAAUUUUUUUACUAUAAAAAAGUUGCGUUUCUUUUUUAAAUUAAUAAACGUUAUCACAAAAUUAAAGUUUUGGCGCCGGUGAGAUGAAAUUAAAAAAAAGUCCGUAUUUUUAUGAGAAUAAAGUAAAGAUUAUCAACAUUUCAAAGCGAAUGUUUCUUCUUUUUUUUUCGACAAAACUUUGUAAUUUUGAAAUUCCAGUUAAUAAUUCGACUUGCUCAUGGACGUCUUCUGAAAUGCGGUCGUUAAAAGAUUUCAUAAUAACGAAAUGUUUGCAGAAUUCGGAUGAGCGCAGUCCGAUGGUGAUCAAAAGAGAGCAAUCGUUGGCGAAACUCGAAGAUUUGCGACAGCGGACAAACGAAGCGAGGGAAAUUUCCCAGAAGGAAAACAAAAACAGCAUGUGAUUCUUAUGAGAAGAAAGUAGUGAUAAUCUGAAAAUUUGCAGCUUCUCCUGUGCCACGUCCACAGAUGAAAUGCCCGAUCUGUUCAUGUCUGUCGAUGAAAUCGUUGAGAAAACUCGCUCUAAGGUUCGCGUUUUUUUUUUCUGAUCCUUACUGAAGAAUGUAACUGUAGAGCGAGAAAUGGAAGCUUGUCGAAUAUUUUUCGUGAAUUCAGUUGACCAGCUCAAUCAUGAAAAUUUCAUGGCCUAUAUAGCAAAAAAACAGAAUAGCAAGAAAAAUUCGGUUGUUCAGUACCGCAUCCAUCAAGGUAAAAAAAAGUUUCUCAUGUGAUUUUCUGAAUGUUUUUAGCUGAAUUUUUUCUCUUUUUUUGCGUUAAUGAAAUCAAAAUCUCUUCUUUUGAAUAUGGUUCAUUUUACGAAUUUUUUUUUGAUGAGAAGCUCGGCUGAACUCAAGAAAAUUUUUGGGGUUAGGUAGCUGAACAUUAUUUGGGUGUUGUACAGAUUUUACAAAAUGGUGCAAUAAAACAAUCAAAGUUAUCUUUUAAUUUUGAGUCUUCUUAGACAUUCCAAAAUUUUUUUACCUGGAAAAAAUCAUUGCUAAAUUUGUUGGGGAUUUUUGAAGAUUUGCAAAAAUUAUCAUCGGAAUCGUCAAGAGUCUUUUUUAACGUUUCCUAGCUAAUCUAUAAACUUGAGCUCAUCAUUUCCCGAUAAAUGAGUAUUUUUAGAGCGAAGGCAACGCCCAGCCAAUGUUGCCCUUCUACAUGGCCGUUCGAUUGACAAGAAUGAAAAAAAGGAAAUCGCAAAGUGAGGCUUUUCCAGGAGUUUUUUUCGCUGAAAUUUCUUCCGCUUGGAAAAAAAUAUUUAAAGAGGACGAGGAAGUAGAACAUUUGUAGCUUCUACAAAAAAUAUCUCGCGCAUCGGAAAUAUGCAAAAAAGGAAAAGUAUGGAAUAGGAUUCUAAAAUAAUGCGAUACUUCGGAUAAUUCUCUCACCAGGGAACGUUUUUUACCCCCCGGUUGAACUUUUGCUGAAACUUUGCUGAAGUGUACUUUAGAACUUUAAGAUUCCAGAACAAAAAGAAAAUUUCUCGCAAUAGAUCUUGUUUCCGAGUUAUAGAGCUUCAAAGUGGGCAAAAUACGCAAAUUAGGCCAAAAAAGCGCUAUUUCGGGUUUUUAAAGUGUCCUAACUCGAAAACGAGAUCUAUUGCGAAAAAAUUUCUUUUUUUUUCUGGAAUCAUGGGGUUCUAAAGUACACUUCAGCAAAGUUUCAGCAAAAGUUCAACCGGGGGGUAAAAAACGUCAUCAUGACUUCUCUGAUUCAUCGAGACACUCGAUAAAAAUAAGCAGUGAUAGACAGAAUAAGCUGAAAAGAACAGUAACGUUACAUAGAAAAGUUGAAGCAGCCUUCUGCGAAAAAAAGAAUCAAACUGAAAAAUGUUUCAGGGAAUUGUAAAAGUCGUUUCUUAAAGUUAGAUUCAAAUCUCGUGAGGUUCAAGGAAAAGUGAAAAGGUCGAGCCUUGGAAGGAGCUUUUUCGCGAUCUGCGACUCUCCUUCCGCGCUUUGUUUUUCGCGCACAUCGAUCUUCGGGGACCCACGCGACUUUUCAGCCUCAAAUUUCACCUCUUUUCAGGAUAACUCUGGAUUUUGUUUUGCAGGAUCUUCGCCCAGCUCGUUCUCGUCGUCUUACGAGGAAGACAUAAACUUUGGAAAUAAAUUGAAACGCGAAUUCUGGUAGGUUGGCCAGAGGUUCUCAUUCUCAAUCGUUGCCCUUUCGAAAUGUUUCAUAUUGGCAAAGACUGACAUAAAAUACUAGUGAUUUCGACCAAGUUCAAAUCGAGUGUUUAUAUUACUGGAUGGGUCAUUUGUACAAAUUUUUCUGUAGAUUUAUUGGCAAAUAAGAGAAAAACUAUUAUUAAAUUUUUUUGACUUCCUGGCAUCUACCAAUAUUAAAAAUCUAACAGAACUUUUUUUGGUUUGGAAAAUUAAAAUAAGUCCGGCGCAAGUGUUCGACGGCUCCUUUUGACCUCAAAGUAUCUUUUCUAGAAAAAUAGGAAACUGGUGGUUCGGACUUGCAGGAUUUUGAUCUGGUGCCUCAGGAAGUGUUCUGGCCAAUUUUUAGAAAACUUCCGACCGCAGAGCAAAAUGGCAUUCCUUGUUAAAUAUAGGCUUUCAACUUUUUCUAGUUCAUUUAUUUAUUCAUUUUUUUCGCACCUAGAUAUUCUGUGGCAAUGCUGGAUGAGAACCAAAUGACAAUUGUUCAAGUUGUUUCAAACGAUUCUCUCUAUUGUAGUUCUCUUAACUUUGCGACUCUCCUUCUGAAUUUAUUUGUACAUCCUCGAUAACUUUAAAUUUCCUAAAUAUUCAGGUUUGCGAUUCCGCGGUCGAAGGCAGACCACAUCUACCACUUCCUUCUGCAGUGGACGCCGGAGAAGUACGGGCUGGUGAGUGGAUCCUUCAGUCCGCGAACCUUUCCUUCUUUCGCAGGACACGACGCUCAGCUCGACUCACAACACGUCGGACAAGGGCUUCAUCGUGCUGGACUCCAAAGCCGACGAAUCUCUUUCCGGUCCGUUUUCUCUUCACCAGUUUCUGACAGGAAACCCAAGGAAAAUGAACGAAUAA